AUGGAGAGCAGAUGUCUGUCUGUUAGCGAACCUUCAACCCCAACCCUCCACCCUCCACCCUCCAACCAUGGACUCCAACCCCCAACCCCACCCUCCAACCAUGGACUCCAACCCCCAACCCCACCCUCCACCCUCCAACCAUGGACUCCAACCCCCAACCCCACCCUCCACCCUCCAACCAUGGACUCCAACCCCCAACCCUCCAACCACUCCAACCUCCACCCUCCAACCAUGGACUCCAACCCCCAACCCCACCCUCCUCCAACCAUGGACUCCAACCCCCAACCCCACCCUGGACUCCAACCAUGGACUCCAACCCCCAACCCCACCCUCCACCCCCCAACCAUGGACUCCAACCCCCAACCCCACCCUCCACCCCCAACCAUGGACUCCAACCCCCAACCCCACCCUCCACCCUCCAACCAUGGACUCCAACCCCCAACCCCACCCUCCACCCUCCAACCAUGGACUCCAACCCCCAACCCCACCCUCCACCCUCCAACCAUGGACUCCAACCCCCAACCCCAACCCCCAACCCUCCACCCUCCACCCUCCAACCAUGGACUCCAACCCCCAACCCCACCCUCCACCCCCCAACCAUGGACUCCAACCCCCAACCCCAACCCCCACCAUGGACUCCACCCUCCACCCUCCAACAUGGACUCCAACCCCACCCUCCAACCAUGGACUCCACCUGCACUCUACCAGCAUCCUGAACAGCCCGUCUCCCUGUCCCACCACGGAUCUGUCCAUAUAUUAUCCAGUCUGCAUUGCAUAUACUCAAGCUCUUUUUCUAUCAGCUUUACACGCAGACACAUGAUCUGCAGCAGUUUGGCGUGGCUGGCCCAUCUGCAUGCUUCUUAUUGGCCCAUGUUGUUGUCCAACUGA